ACCCUUGUGACAUCUCCAGACACUUGUCCCAUCCCAAGCGGAAAGGUUAGUCUGAGGGUAUGGAGGAGCAAACGGGUUAGCAGAGAAGCCUCGGAGAGGGGGCUGGAGGAUUUAGCUGCUCUUUGCCGCCUCCUGCCAGCCCAAGGGCCUUCCUCCCAGGUGUGCCUUGCACUAUGGACUCCCCGGGGUACAACUGCUUUGUGGACAGAGACAAGAUGGACGCUGCCAUCCAGGACCUGGGGCCCAAGGAGCUGAGCUGCACCGAGCUGCAGGAGCUGAAGCAGCUGGCACGCCAGGGCUACUGGGCCCGCAGCUAUGCCCUGCGGGGAAAGGUGUACCAGCGCCUGAUCCGGGACAUCCCCUGUCGCACGGUAACGCCCGAUGCCAGUGUGUACAGCGACAUUGUGGGCAAGAUCGUGGGCAAGCACAGCAGCAGCAGCCUGCCCUUGCCUGAAUUUGUGGACAACACACAGGUGCCCAGCUACUGCCUGAACACUCGAGGCGAGGGCGCCGUGCGUAAGAUCCUGCUGUGCAUCGCCAACCAGUUCCCUGACAUCUCCUUCUGCCCCGCCUUGCCCUCCAUCGUGGCCCUGCUGCUCCACUACAGCAUCGACGAGGCCGAGUGCUUCGAGAAGGCCUGCCGCAUCUUGGCCUGCAACGACCCCAGCAAGAAGCUGAUCGACCAGAGCUUCCUGGCCUUUGAGUCUUCCUGCAUGACAUUUGGGGACCUGGUGAACAAGUACUGCCAGGCGGCCCACAAGCUGAUGGUGGCUGUGUCGGAGGACGUCCUGCAGGUCUACGCGGACUGGCAGCGCUGGCUGUUCGGGGAGCUGCCCCUCAGCUACUUUGCUCGCGUCUUUGAUGUCUUCCUGGUGGAAGGUUACAAGGUGUUGUACCGAGUCGCUCUGGCAAUCCUCAAGUUCUUCCACAAGGUGAAAGCUGGGCAGCCACUAGAGUCGGACAACGUGAAGCAGGACAUUCGCACCUUUGUCAAGGACAUCGCCAAGACCGUGUCUCCCGAGAAGCUGCUGGAGAAAGCAUUUGCCAUCCGCCUCUUCUCUCGGAAGGAGAUUCAGCUCCUGCAGAUGGCCAACGAGAAAGCUCUGAAGCAGAAGGGUAUCACCGUCAAGCAAAAGAGGCAGUUUGUGCACCUGGCCGUGCACGCGGAGAACUUCCACUCGGAGAUCGUCAGCGUGAAGGAGAUGAGAGACAUCUGGUCCUGGGUCCCUGAGCGGUUUGCCCUCUGCCAGCCCCUCCUGCUCUUCUCCUCGCUGCAGCACGGGUACAGCCUGACCAGGUUCUAUUUCCAGUGUGAAGGACAUGAGCCCACCCUCCUGCUCAUCAAGACCACACAAAAGGAGGUGUGUGGAGCUUACCUGUCGACAGACUGGAGAGAGAGAAAUAAGUUUGGAGGCAAACUGGGCUUCUUUGGGACUGGAGAGUGCUUUGUGUUUAGGCUGCAGCCUGAGGUCCAGCGCUACGAGUGGGUGGUCAUCAAACACCCGGAGCUGACCAAGCCGGGGUCCUUGGAGACUACCACCACUCCAUCCCCACUCUGCCACUCCAUGUCCUCAGACCCUACUGACCGCCUCUCACCGUUCCUGGCUGCUCGGCACUUCAACCUGCCCUCCAAAACUGAGUCCAUGUUCAUGGCCGGGGGCAACGACUGCCUCAUCAUAGGUGGAGGGGGUGGCCAGGCGCUCUACAUCGAUGGGGAGCUGAACCGGGGCCGCACCGGCCACUGCGACACUUUCAACAACCAGCCCCUCUGCUCUGAGAACUUCCUCAUCGCUGCCGUGGAGGCCUGGGCCUUCCAAGACCCUGACACCCAUUGACGGGCCUGCGCCCAUGGUGAUCCAGCUGCCGCUGUGGGGUGGGGCGGGUUAAGGUGGGAUGGGACAGUGGCCAGGCCCCCACUUCAGGGAGGAAGCAGUGAAUGUAGAUCCCCCCAACUUUGUGUGGGGUGCAGCUGGGGCUCUGGUGCUGGGCUGGGCAGGGUUGCCAGGACCUUAGCUGGCCAGGACCAUUCCUCCUUGCCCUGCUGAAACCUGAUCAGACCCUGGCUCUCCUCUGUGGAGGCAUCCUGUACCCCAGACCUGGGAGGGGCUAUAUCCUGCAGUCCCUGAGCCUUAGUCCCUUUGGAAGGGACUGGAACGGCAGAAGGAACCUGCGCCAAGUGUGGGUCCACAGGCCCCCCUGCUGGUGCCUCUUAGCAUGGCUCCUGAGCAGAGUCCUAUAGCCGCCCACCUGGCCUGCUGCUGGUGGCUCUCCAGAUGUGUGUUGGUCCCGAGAAGAGACAGGCACUCUGGGCACCGUUCCUUGGCAGGAGCGUCUGCCUGGGGCUUCUGACCCAGUUCCCUCCUCCCCACUCUGGCCUCCCAGGGCCAGCUCUUGGACAGUAAUGGCAAGUGAAAGAGGAGAGGGCAGGAUUGUGCUGAGCUCUGGGCCUCUCCCAAGGGAGGAUCAAAGGCUGGAGGGGACAUAUGUGUCCUUGUGUUUCUGCAGAGCCUGAAGCUUCUGCUGGGCCUCAUUGUGUGUUCACAUGUGAAGAGGCUGCCUAGGGCAGC